AUGACUGCUAAAUCAUCUUUAAGUUCGAAACUAGCUAGCAAUACUACCCCAAUUGAAUCCACUAAUGACAGUCUGAACAGAUUCUAUAAAGUUCAAAAUGCAUGUGCUCAAUUAGAAACUGCUAUCAAAACUAUUUAUUCAGAAGGUUUAACCAAUGAAGAAUUAACGUACAUGGUAAAUGAUGGUACUGCUCAAGAAAAAUUAAUUGCAUCAAGUCCCGCUUCAUUCAUCGGUACAUAUUUGAAAAACGCUCAAGCAUCAUUAGAUAUUUCUAAAAUUUUCGAAUAUUAUCAAUAUGAUUCUGAAUCAUCUCCAUUAGACAAUUAUAUUAAAGAACCAAUCAUCACUGAUACAAAUUUACAAAAAUUAGCUUCAUCAACCGUUUCUAAUGGAAUCACUUCCAUUGAUAGAAAUCGUUUAGAGUAUCUAGGUGCGAAUUGGAUGAAUGCACUAAUUUCCAUAGUAUUAUUUAACCAAUUCCCAAAUGCAAACAAAAAAGGUUUAGAAAAUUUACAUGAUCAAAUCUUAAACGAUAAACAAGAUUGGAUUAAAUCUACCACCUUCAACACUAUGAAUCAUAAUAAUGAAAAUUUAAACUCUUAUUUCGGCGCUUUAAUCUUCGAUAGAUCAAUUCCUCAAUUUAAUGACAUCUUAAAAUGGUUAUCUAUCUCUACAAAAGAUAAAUUAAAUUCAAUUAAAUAUAAUUAUUUGAUUGAUGUAAACGCAAAGACUCCAAAAGAGGCUUUGAUUGAAUUCAUGAAAGAUAAUAAAGAUGGGUUGAAACUUCGAUUCAUUAGAUUGACUGUAAAUAGUCCAUUCAUAAUUGAAGUUAAAUUAGGUAACGUCUCUCUAGGUAAAGGUGAAGAUAAUGUUAUCGAAAUAGCUGAACAAAAAGCUGCUCAAGAUGCAUUGUCUAAACCUGAAUUGAUUGAAAAUUAUUCUAAAUACCCAAUUGUUUCUCCAAUUAUCAUCGACGAAGAUGAACAAAAAACAAUAACUAAUGUCAAAGAACCAGCACCAAUCAAACAAGAAAUUGGAAAGAAUGAAACACUAACUGAAAAUCCAACUGAAAAACCAAUUACAAAACCAAUUGCAAAACCAUUAGCAACCAAAGAAGCAAAGAAAGAAGUCAAGAUUGAACCAAGAGAUAUAGAAAAACAGUCACCAAUCAUUACCAAACCAAUCAAAAAGGAAGAAAAACAAACAGUACAACCACCGGCCCCAGCCAAGAAACCCGAAAUGAAACCUGUUGCCGCCGUUAAAUCUGCUCCAAACCCAGUCGCGGCAACAGUUUCUACAGAACCUUCUGCUCCAACUUCAUUGAAUCCAGAUGAUCUUCUAAAGGAAAUUAUGAAUCGUAUGCAAAGUCAAGUUUCUGAAAUGGUUGCCAAAGUGGCAUCGGAUUUGAUAACGAAGUCCGAAUUAGUUCCAGCUACGGCAUCAACUAUUCCAUCAAUACCACUGAAUAGUGCUUCAAAGAGCAAUAAAACAGCGGUACAAGUAGAAAGUGAAUCAGAGGAAGAAGAGGAAACCGAGACUGAAACCGAGACUGAAAGUGAAACUGAAACUGAAUCUGAAUCUGAAAGUGAAAGUGAAAGUGAGAGUGAGAGUGAGAGUGAAAGCGAAAGCGAAAGCGAAAGUGAAUCUGAAUCUGACUCUGACUCUGAAAGUGAGGAGGAAUCAGAUAACGAGUCCGAAGAUGAGGAACCAGAACUGAAAAUUGAACCACCACAGUCAAAAGUUCCAGUAAUGAUACCGUCUAAAAUUACUAAAGACGAUAGUGGACAAUAUCUGUACACAGACGUUGAAGUUGAAUGCGACAAAUCUUCCAAAGCAUCAUUAUAUGCAAUUUUGGGUAAAGUCAAUCUAUUCCCAGAAUAUAAGACUUCACAAAUUGAUAUGAAUGACUUUUAUUCUUUCUGUAUUCUAAGAGGCACCGCUAUAAUCCUUGGUGAAGGUCGUGGUAGCAACAAACAAAUUUCACAACAAAUUGCUGCAGAACACGCUAUAGAAGGGGAGGCAUUGGCUGAAUUAUUAGAAGAAUCGUCAUGA